AUGAUAGAUAUUCUUCUCCAACAUGGCGCCAGACCCAACGAUAAGUACAAGGACUCUACGGUGUGGGGUAACUUCCUCCGAUCUUCCAUCAAGGGUCGGUUCGGUGCUACCGACGAUGAUAAUCUACCGGUCAUCGAAUCCCUACUUUCCCACGGCGCCAACCUACAACAGCGUAUCGUAACUGGACAGAAGACCCUGGCCAGGAAGAUGACAGGGAGAGCCGCUGAUCUGCACGUACGCCAGGAUGUUCAAGUUGAUGUUGCCCAGUCAGCUCAAAAGAUACUGUUGGAUCUGUUGGGAGAGGAAAAAACCUCAGAAGUGCUUAAAAAAGCGCGAAAAAAUCAAAAGUCCAUUCCUUCCAGCUUGCAGUGGUGGUCGGGACGAUCCCUUCUUGCAUUCAUGAAGCGUCUCAAGAGAUAA